AUGUCCCCCUAUGGAAAGAUGCCAUUGGAGGUUUAUGUGGUACAGGCCACAAGCUUCUGCAAAUCACACCUUUGUUGCCUUGGGAUUCGAUUCACAUGGCUCCAGACGGUGUUUGACAACUUUCCAAUACUCUUUAAUUUUAUGAACAAACUUAAGUGUGAGACCGGAUUGUGCCCUAGUGAUCUGGAAGACUACGGAUGUUCUUGUAGAUAUGAAGAGGAAGACAACCCUAUUGAUGCCAUCGACAGCUGUUGCUUUCAACAUCGCAGAUGCUAUAAGGAUGCUGCUGAAAAAGAUUGCAAAUUGGAGCCCUUGAACAUUUACUUUAACGAAAGCUGCCUGUCCACCAACUACAGCUGUGACUCAUCAGAUCACUGUGAGCACUUGUUCUGCCUUUGUGACAACGCUGCAGUCGAAUGUUUUGCCCGCUCGUUUUAUAACUCAUCCUUGAGAAACUUAGAUAGUUCCUUUUGCCCGGCUUCAGCUACAGAGUCCCCUGUCCUGCCAUCUACGCCACAAACAUCUCAAUUACUACCAACUGAUGCUUCCCUAGAAGUGGUUGAAGAAUCAAAAGGAAUGACUACCGAGUCACCUGAUAUUUCUCAAGAAUUAAAAACGGAAGGACAUGACAAGCCAGAAUCAAAAACAGUGCCUUUCUUCAUGCUCCCCAUUUUAGGAGGUGAAACUUUGAUUGAUUUGCCGCUAGGCAGUGAAGUUGAAGCGGCCAGGGCGCUCAUGCUGGACCUAAACCAGCCCAAAGCCUCUGCGACUGCCGCGGCCUUUCGACGGCUAGUCGUCUUCAAUACCGGUCGCUCCAUGCUCCGUGAUUGCUCAGCCGCGUUCUUCAGCCCCACCGAGUGCCGGCCAAAUACUCCUCUGCAGGGGCUCAUCCCCCAGCUGCCUGCCUUUGCUCCAUCGAAUCUGCUCGCUCGCUCUGUUGCACCGGAAUGCACCAGCAGCACCUUCUACCAAUACGGCUCCAAUGGCCGGAUGAAGUACGAAAUGCCAAGGCUCGGGGAGAUGCUGCACUGCCUAACCGACCGAUGCCCUCACGAAUUCGAGAUGUACGGCUGCUACUGUGGACAGGAAGGCCGAGGCCGCCCGGUGGAUGAACUAGACAGGUGUUGCUACCAUCACCAGUGCUGCCUGGAGCAGAUUCGAAUGCUCGGUUGUCGCCCAGAAAGAAGAUUUAAUGGCCACCUCACGUGUGAAAACGGGCAACCCAGAUGUGUGGGAAUGACCAUUUGUGACAAGUUAAACUGCAUAUGUGACAAAGCAGGCGCAGAGUGCAUGGCGCGUGCCCAGUUCAAUGAUUCAAUGGCCUUCCUGGACAGGCAGCAGUGCCGUGGCAUGAAAGCAUCCUGCAGGCGCUGGCCAGCCGGCGGACGACCCCCCAGACCGACACCUCCGAAAUCGGAAGACUCCAGCGAGGAAAUCGGAAUUCACACCUUGGAAUCUUUAGGCUCAUCCAGACUGGCACGUCAAUCCCGCUCACGUGCUGCCAGGCAUCUCGGUGUGGGCACUACGCCACGGGGAGCCACGGACAUGACGACGACUGCAGAGACUGAAGGCCCAGAAGAAAACGGCGAGCAGAAUGGAGAGUUGGCUUGGUCGUCUGAAAUAUACGGGGAGACGCAAAGCACCACGAAUCCGAGAAGAAAAUGA